AUGAAUUUCGAUGUUGGAGGUCCAUCAUACUUAUCAUCAUCUUCAUCUUCGGAUGAUGAUAAUUUUCUGUCCAAUAUCAUUGCAGAGAUUGAUGAAACCGAAGAAGUAAUUUGUGAGUACAUCAACAACAACAUGAUCCUCGUUAACAAUUUACGUCAACACAACUACCAACCGAUCCAUGGUGGCUCGAUUCCCGGUCAUGCAGUGAUCAACCGCGAUCGAGAAAAUGCGCAUCAGAAUUUGGUCAUAGAUUACUUUGCCGAUAAUCCACGUUUUGGAGAAGAUAUGUUUCGUCGUCGAUAUCGGAUGUCAAGAAGUUUGUUCCUUCGUAUUGUUGAUGCAGUGAAAGAUCAUGACUAUUACUUCCAACAACGAAGUGAUGGACUUGGUAGAAUGAGAUUAUCACCGUUACAGAAAGUAACAGCUAUUUUUCGCAUGUUGGCAUACGGUCUACCAGCUGAUGCUACGGACGAAUACGUUAAAAUAGGUGAGUCAACAGCAAUUGAAAGUAUGACAAAAUUUUGUCGUGCUAUGGUGGAAAUAUUCGCAGAGCGGUAUCUACGAACACCUAACGCUAACGAUAUUGCUAGGCUACUCUAUAUUGGAAAAAACAUGGGUUUCCAGGAAUGCACCAAUAAUGAUAUCAAUGUGCUAGAGUCAUCUAAUAUUUUCUCUAACCUAGCUCAAGGUAUUGCUCCUCCCGCUCACUAUGUUAUUCAAGGAAAAGAGUAUAAUAUGGGUUAUUAUUUAGCUGAUGGUAUAUAUCCGAAAUGGGCUACUAUUGUACAAACAAUCCAACAGCCACAAGGUAGGAAGAAAAAAUAUUUUGCCAUGAAACAGGAAGCAUGUAGAAAAGAUGUAGAACGUGCGUUCGGAGUUCUCCAAUCACGAUUUGCAAUCGUGGCAGGAUCAGCACGUUUUUGGAAAAAACAUGUAUUACAUGACAUAAUGACUGCAUGCAUUAUUAUGCACAAUAUGAUAAUCGAGGAUGAACGUGAUCUUUAUGCACCAAUUCAAGAAGUGAGGGAAGCACCAACACCAGAAGUUGAUAUGGUAGCAGAUGAAACUACAAGAUUUACUCAAUUUAUUACACGUUACGGAAAAAUCAAGGAUAAAGAUGCCCAUAUUGCGCUUCGUAAUGCAUUGAUAGAUCAUCUAUGGGAGGAAUACACUAAUUCAGAUAGUUAA